ACAACAAACCAACCAACCAACGUUGAGAAUAAUCUCAAAAACGUCAUUGAGUGUUAGGCAAAAUGUUGUGUCUGUUAAUCUGUAUAUGACAAUAUAACUCAGUGUUGAAGAUUAGAUUCACCUGAUUCAUUUUAUUUCUGAGAUGAAUUUAGUAUUCCGAUAAAUUGUUAAAACCAUCCUACUGCAAAAUGUUUUUAAAUUAAUCAUUCUUUUAGAGUAGUAUAUGUUAUGGUUAACUGGUCAAGUGUUUAAAAAAAAUGAAGAGUUAUCACCCCUUGACCAUCAGUAAUAAUAAUUAUUAUUGCAUUUGUCAAUGGACAACAACAUAUACAACAACUCCCAUUUUGAAUUGUCAUCAUAUACAAAUAUUUAAAACAUAAUCAUUACACCUAUCUGUGUGUGUAAGAAUAUGAAUUUAGGCUACAAGAAAUACUGGUUAUGUACCAUGUCAAUCUUAAAAACCUUUUAGAAACAAUUAACAAAACAUGGUAGGGUGUUUUCGUGCACAUUAUUGUUUAUGACUUUUCAUGCUGCAACUACAAAGUUGGCCAAGAUAGGGUAUUACCUUGCAUUAACAUGCAACUGUUAUUAAACUAGUAAAUAGUUUUGCUGUAUGAGGUGUUAUUCCAGUAUUAUCAGUCCAUGAUAUUUUAUGCUCUGCAAAGGUUGACAGGUUUUUUUACUGCGUUGCUAGUAUUUAAAAAAAACCCAUUUCAUCCCCUAGGUACACAAUGUAUUCGUUUUAUGUUGGGAGUUUCUCAUUUGACACUUCAUGCUGCAAAGCUUACCAAGAAAUUUCAUUGCCUUGCAUCAAGACCUAUCUGUUAUUAAACAAGUAGGUAAAGUGGCUGUAUUAGGAAUUAUUCAAGUAGUUUCAAUCCAUGAUAUUUUAUGCUCUGCAAAGUCUGGCCAGGGCCCGAGGUUAUAAAAAAAAUUUCGUGCUCAACUCAGUUUCGUGCUCAAAUACAUGCUCAUGCUCAAGUUCGUACUCAGUUGAGAUUUGUACUCAAGCAGAGGUUAUAAAACAUCUUGAGUCUGUACUCAGCUGAGAACAACUCACGCUCAGCUUGAGCAUGCUCAAAGGAAUCUUUGUUUAUGAUAUAAGCGGCAAUUUGGAACUCUUCCGUCAAGAAUGGUAAGAAAACAACCCGGAUGUUGUCGUCUGCUUAUUUACAAUGGCAACGGAGGGCGUGACCGAAUCGAGAAGGCGGGGUAAGGGGUGGUCAGAAGCGGAGGAGGUUUGUCUCAUACAGGAAGUCGUUCAGCGAGAGCAACUGUUGUUCGGCGAAAUAAAGGGAAGCGGUGUGAAGUCCAUCCAUCGACAGCGGACCGAUGGAUGGCAAAGCAUCACGGAUAUCCUCAACACAAGACACAUCAAUGCCAAAAGGGAGGCUAUUGAAGUGAAGAAGAAGUACUUCAAUUUGAAACAAAGAGCUAAAAGCAAGAUCGACGGCCUCAAAAGGUCAAUGGCCACAACUGGAGGAGGGCCUCCACUCCCAGCACUGUCCAACGCGGACGAGGUCCUCUGUCAGUCUUUGGAGGGGAGGCCAGGUAUUCAUGGCCUAGAACAUGGCAUUGACACUGAUGUCAUUCAUGAUGGCGAUGUAGCUGCCGCUGCACCAGAAGGUCUGCAAGGUGAAGCACAUCACAUUGAUGAGCAAGACAUCCCAGCAAAAGACAAAAAGACCGGGCGCAAACGAAAAAGAACACAAGCUGAGGCAACAUAUGACAACACGAUACAGGACACGGAAAGGAUCAAACUUGAACAGAGGAAGCUGAAACUGGAAAUUGAAGUGUUAGAAAAAAAUCAAAAGAAAUUAGACAUUGAAAUUCAAAUGCUGCAGAGGAAAUCAGUCUACUACCAACUAAAAAUGAAUGCGGAAUUUGGUGUUUCUCUUGUCGAAUCAUGUCCAACUGAAGAAUAAUUAUUAUCAAAAUUACUAAAGAGAGUUAUGUAGAAAUGCUAACUCUUUAUCUUGUUCAAAUUUAGAAAUUAAGAAACAAAUAUGAAUUGAAUUGCUCUGUCACAAUGUGCAAUGUUAGAAAUUUGAACUAGUCCUGCAGUUCGUGCCAAAGUGUCCACUUGUCAAUGUAUGAAAGAACUUGUAGACAUAUGCCAUUUUUCAGGUUUCUGCUAUAUGUUAUCAUUGUAAGGACUUGUUGACUAAAAAUGGUAGUUUCUACCGUAGUAUGUGCUUUAUAUUAUAACAUUUUCCCACUUUACUUGCCGUAAAAGGCGGCAAACGGGAUCGGGUGGUCAGGCUCACUGACUUGGUUGAUACAUGUCAUCGAUCCCAAUUGCGUGGAUCGAUGCUCAUGAUAUCAAUCACUGGAUUGUCUGGUCCAGACACAAUUACUGUACAGUCCUCCGUCAUAUAGCUGGAAUAUUGCUGAGUAAGGAGUUAAACAACAAAUAAAUCUGCACUGUUGGCAUGGCCAGACUAUACAAAUUAAAUAUUGUUCCAUUUUGUGCACUGCUUGUAUCUGAAUAAAACAUUGAAUGAC